UGUGGGAAAAGGAGGGCAGGUACAUCAUGGCAGGGUGCCCCUGGGCCUCCCUUACUCUCACCCCUGCCCAGCAAGUGAUGGAUCUUGGCCGCCACGCCAGCCGCCGCUUCUUCAACUGGCUUUACUGGAGCAUCAACGUGGGUGCCGUGGGCUACAGUAUCACCAUGGGCUGCGUGGACCUGGCCUUCUUCAUCUUCCUCUUCGCCACCCCCAUCUUCAUCACCAAGCCCCCUACAGGCAGCCAAGUGUCCUCUAUGCUGAAACUCGCUUUCCAAAGCUGCUGUCCCCACCUGCGGCACCGACACUCUGUCGGGGACCCUCAAGGCGCCCAACUGCUGCCUGACCAGAGGUCUCCCCAGCCUGGCCCUUCCCCCCAAGAGGACAUUGCCAACUUCCAGGUGCUGGUGAAGAUCUUGCCCGUCAUGGUGACCCUGGUGCCUUGGAUGGUGUACUUCCAGAUGCAGUCUACGUAUGUCCUGCAAGGUCUUCAUCUCCGCAUCCCAAACAUUUUCCCAGACCUCCCUGCCGAUAGCUCCAUAGCUCUGGGAGCCCAGGCUAGCGGCUACAAGAUCCCGGAAGCCUGGCUCCUCCUGGCCAAUGUCGUGGUGGUGCUGAUCCUGGUGCCCAUGAAGGACCACUUGCUCGACCCUUUACUGCUGCGGCACAAGCUGCUUCCCUCAGCCCUGCAGAAGAUGGCACUGGGCAUGUUCUUCGGUUUUGCCUCUGUCCUUGUGGCAGGAGGCCUGGAGAUGGAGCGUCUACAGUACAUCCAUCGCACAGUGUCCCAGCAGAUCGGGAAGGAUGUGUACUAGGCGGCACCACUGUCCAUCUGAUGGCAGAUCCCUCAGUACCUGCUCAUCGGGAUCAGUGAGAUUUUUGCCAGUAUCCCAGGCCUGGAGUUUGCUUAAGAGGCUCCGCGCUCCAUGCAGAGUGCCAUCAUGGGCAUCUUCUUCUGCCUGUCGGGGGUGGGCUCACUGCUGGGCUCCAGCCUCGUGGCACUACUGUCACUGCCCCGGGGAUGGCUGUACUGCCCCAAGGACUCGGGGAAUAUCAACAAUUGCCGGAUGGACCUUUACUUCUUUCUGCUGGCCAGUAUUCAGGCCACAGCCCUCCUGUUUAUCUGGAUUGCCGGUCGCUAUGAGAGGGUAGCUCAGAGCCCGGCCUCCCAAAGCUGUCCCAGCAGGGAUAGGGGCUGAACACCGCCACCCCCGACGCCCCCUCGCUUCUCUCCCAGGACACAGGCAGCAGCAGUCCCAGGUGGGGGUUCCUUGAGUUUAUUCUGUACCCAACGUCACGAUGAAAUGGUUCUCAUAAA